AUGUUUUCACCAGACGCAAUCAGCGAGCUGGUGGCCAACGACCCCUCGCCGGCCGCGUCGCCCCUGCGGCGCGCGCGCAAGCGCGAGCUCGCGGCCUACGCGAUGGGCGGCGCGCCGGCGGCCGAGUCGCCCGGCGGCAUGCUGCUCGACGCGUCGGCGCGCGCGGCACAGAUGGUGCUCGCCCGCGACAUGCGCCAGGAGGCGGGCCCACCGCUCCUUGAGGCGUGGCUCGACUCUGUGCUCGGCGGCCCGGGCCCUCUGCUGGCCGGGCACGCGGCGGCCGCGGACCCCCCACUGCACCAGGCGCCGGGCAGCAGGCGGGGCCUGGAGGCGCACGGGCUCUCGCGGCAGCAGCUGGCCCAGGCCGGCCUCUCCCCCGCGGCCGCCGACCGGGUGUACCGCUCCCUGUACGUCUACUCUGUGGGCUUUGGCGACACCCUGCGCGAGGCGCUGGCGCACAGUCAGCACCGCGCGGAGCUGCUGCAGGCGCUGUGGCGCGCGUUCCUGGCCCUGGCAGAGGCCGCGCUGCAGGUGGGGUUCAAGAGCGAGUGGCUGUCGUUGGCCGGGGCGGCGUCGGCGGCGAUGGGCGAGCUGCUCGCGACAAAGGAAGCGCUGGCUGAGGCGCGCUUCGAGAGCAACACCCUGUCUAAGGACGUGGCGUGGCUGAGCUCUGCCCAUGCGGAGGCCACCGCACUGCGCGGCACACUCAAGCUGCAGCGUGACGUGCUGCAGGACUGCCUGGCGCGCGAGCAGCACGCGCACCAGCACUCGGUGGUGAAGCACGCAGACGCGCUGGAGGCCCGGGCACACAUGCAGCUGCAGCUCGAGGAGGCGACGCGGCUGCUGCAAGAGAGCCGCGCGGCGCAUGCGGAGCUCAAGGGGCGCCACGACGCGAUGACGGCGCACUAUGAUGAGCUGCGGCGCCAGUGCAAAGGGGUGCGGGGCGUCUUCAGGGGCGUCGACGCGGGCUUGGCGCUGGACAGCCAGCUCUGCCGCCAGCUGGACGAGCAGGCGGCCGCCACAGGCCUGAAACUGCAGCCAACGCUGGCCGCGGCAGCAGCAGCGGCGGCGGCAGGGGCGGCGGAGGCAGCGCCGUCCCUGGUUGGAGGCUCAGGGGAGCAGCUUGGGGGCGCAGGAGCUGAGGCGGAGAGGUCAGGGCAGCGGCAGCAGCAGCAGCAGCAGCAGCAGCAGCAGCAGCAGCAGCAGCAGGAAUCCAGUGUCGAGGAGACCGCUGAGGACAUGCUGCCGCUGGCGGAGCGCCUUGGGAGCUGCGUCCAGCUGAUGUACACCCAGUGGCGCGACGCGCUGGAUGUGGCGGCGCGGAGCAGGGCGGCUGCAUUCAAGGCAACCGACGAGCUGCGGGUGGAGAGCCAGGCCCGUGUCUGCGCCGAAGAGCUGUCGGAUCAGCUGCGGGUAGCAGGGGACCGGCUUUCGCGGGAGCUCGCGGCACUCCAGGCUGAAAACGAGGCCCUGCGCGGGCGCCUGGCGGCCGCCCUGGCCGACGCCGACGCCAGCCGCCUGGACCGCCAGGCGGCAGAGUGCGAGCGCGACCACGCCGUGGCAAGGGUCGCGGCGCUGGAGUGGCGGGCGGCGGGGCUGAGGGAGCGGGUGGCGCGGCUGGAGGAGGAGGCGCAAGAGCAGGCGGCGGCGCAGGCGGGGCUCAGGGACAGGCUGCAGGAGGCGGGGUGGCAGCUGCUGUCGAGGCGGCGCGUCCUUUCAGAGAACAUGAAGGGCUUCUGCGUCUCCCUGCAGGCGCUCUGGGCCAACCAGACCGCGCGCGCGCUGCUGCAGGCGCGGCUCGCCGAGGAGCGGCGGCGCGCGCGCACGCUGGUGGCCUCCCUGGAGGAGCGCGACGUCCGCCUGCACGACAUGGGCGCGACGGUCCAGGACCAGUCUGAUCAGAUCCUGCGGCUGAGGGGCGAGGUGUCUCUGUUGGACAGCAGCCUGCAGGACAGCCAGAAGCAGGCAGUGGCGCUCACGGCACGGCUGCAGCUUGCUGAGGCGCACCAUGAGGAGCUGCAGUCUGCGUAUGCGUCAAAGGAGGAGGAGGCAGCGGACACCGCCAAGGCACUGCGGCGGACGACAGCCAAGCUGGAGGCGUCGCAGGCCGCCGUAGAGAAUGGGAGGCGGGACAUACAGAAGGUGCGGGAGGCGGCCGCAGAAGUUGACCGCGCUCUGGUUGAGUGCCGGCUGGAGGUGCGCGCGGCCGAGGUCGACGCGGCGCGGCUCGACAGGGAGAGGCGGGACGCUCUGGACCGACUGGACGCCACUAAGGCGCGCCUGGAGCUUCAGGUGCAGAAGCUGGCCGGCGAGCUGGCAGCAGCUGCGCGGCGGCUGGAGCUGGCGGGAGCGGAUCUGCAGGGGGAGCGUGACAGGGGGGCGGCGCUCAAGGCCCUGGUAGAGCGGAAGCGCGCCAAGAAGCGGAGGUGGAAGGCGGCCUGCGGGGCGGCCGACAGCGAGAUGCGGGAGCUGCACGGCCGCCUGCUGGCGCGCCAGGAGGCGAUAGAGGCGCUGGAACGGCGGGUGCAGAACCUGGAGGCUGAGCUCCUGCUGCUGGGCGCGAGCGCCCGCGCCCGCGUCGCCGUCGGGCGGCCCGCAGAGGACGACGCGGGGCUUGGGAUGACGGGCGCCGAGGGGCCGGCUGUGGGCGUGCCUGAGGCGCGGCGGAUGCUGGAUGAAGCCUUGGAGGAGGCACAUGACACAGCAGCCGAGCUGCUGCAUCUUGAUGAGCAGGCAGAAGCGUUGGAGGUGGAAAAGCAGCAGCUGGUGCUGAGCCUGGCGGCGCCGGAGCUGUCCGAGGAUGCUGUUUCAAGCGUCAAGGAGCAGGUGCUCGAGAUCCGAGACCAGGCCGCCCAGAUCAGGGGCGCCAGAUCCGACGCCGAGGGGCGCCGCGCCGCCGCGCUCGAGCGCGCGAGGCGCGCCGAGACGGCGCUGCGGGCGGCGCACGAGGCGCGGGUGCUGGAGCGGCAGCAGCUGCUGGCCCGCAGCGCCCUGAAGGCGGAGGACCUGGUCAACUCGGCCGCCUUUGCUCAGCUGGCCGCGGCAGAAGCCGCGGAGGCCGCCACGCAGGCGCGGCUGGCGGAGCACCUGGAGCUGUUUGAUGGGGCGCGGCGCGACAAGGCGGCGCUGUCUGCACGCAUGGACGACCUGCAGGCAGGCAUCACUGCGUUCUUGGAGCGGAUCCGCUCCCUGGAGGGGGAGCGCACAGCUCUGGAGGACCGGCUGCAGAGGGCCACAGGUUCCAUCAGCUUCCUGCAGACCGAGGUGUCCCAGCUCAAGGGCGAGCGGGAGCGCCUGCGCGGCAGCACCGCCGCGUUCGAGGGGCGCAUAGAGGAGCUGACGCGCGAGGUGGAGGCGGCGAAACAGACGCUCGUCACCACUCUUCGCAGCCUGGAAGCCAAGCACGACGCCGAGCGCUCCGCCGUCGAGGCCCGCGCCCGCGCCGAGCGCGCCCGCCACACUGACGAGGCUCGCGGGCUCGAGAUUGCGGCAGCCGCGGCCCGCGAAAGAGCAGGGAGGCUGCAGGCCCUGUUUGAGCUCGUGGCCGCGGAGGCGCUGGCGCUCUGGCAGGGGUCGGCACCGCCGCAGCGGCAGGCGGCGCUGCUGCUGCACCCAGAGGGCGGCAGCCUGAGCGGAAGCGGUAGCGGCAGCGGCAGCAGCGCGGCCGGCGGGCUGCCGCUCGGGCCGCCGGGGGCGGCGGCGGCGCCGCAGCUCCCGCUGCCGGAGCAGGCGGCGCCGCCACGGUGGCUCUUCAAGUACCGCGCCGGCGCGUGGCGGGCGGCUGAGGAGGCGCUUAUGGAGCUUUCCCUGGAGCCCAACCCGGCUGCGGUCGGCUGCAACCGCCCAUCGCUGUCCUUCGCCCCGGCGCCCGCAAUCCCCGGCCUGUCGUUUUCCUCGGACACCCUGAACCUCGUGAUCUCCGAGGUCUACUGGGAGAAGAUCGCCGCGGACGGCCGCGCGGACGCCCAGAGCGGCAGCGGCGGCGGCGCGAGCCCCUUCAGGCCAGACCUGGAGGCCGUCGUCGCAGACUACUUUGCUUCCAGGUUUGGGCCCCGCGGCCCCGCCGACGCCCACCUUUCUGCGCUCGUCGCGGCCGUCCGCAAGCACGCGCCCCGCUCGCGGCGCGCGGCGCUGUUCGGCCGCCUUCUCAGCCUGCCGGGGGUCCCCGGCGCCCCCGCGUCGCCGGCUGCGGCGGCGGCGGUCGUGCACUUCAUGGCUUGGCUCCACUCGGAGUGCGGCCCGCUGGUAACGGAGGCGACCGAGGGUGGCAGCAAGAUCAUCGCCCGCACCGCCGCCCAGCUGGCCGCGCCGCUGCUGCGCCCCGCGCUCGCGGCGCCGGCGCCGGAGAGCGCCGGCCUGGCGGCGCGGCUGGCAGCGGCCGCAGCGAGCGGAAACGGCGAGGAGGGCGCGGUGGACGCUGACGAGGCGGCGCUGCUGCUGCUUGAGGCGCUGGAGGCGCAGCGCGCUGCCGACGCGGCGCAGAUUGAGGCAAUGGCGUCGCGCGCCACCGACCAGCCUGGGCAGCAGCUGCACUGCCAAGACGACCUGCUCAAGUUGGUGCAGCAGGUCAGCCCCUCUGCGGCGGCGGGGCUCUCCGAAGAUUCCCUCGACCGCCUGUUCCUCUCCGCCCUGCGAUGCAGCGGCGCCGACGCGCGCGCCGCUGCACCCGCGGGCGCGGCGCGCGCGCUGCUGGACGCCGGUCUCGCCGGCUGCGACGCGCACCAGCGGCGUCACCCCGCGGUCGCGCGGCGGCCGCCUUACGACGAUUUCAGGCUGCUCGGGGAGUCGUGGCGUGCGGUGCGCGCGCCGCUGCAGGAGGCGCUGAGGUCCGCGGCCCAGAAGACCCCCGAGCUGGCCGCCGAUUGUGCGGCGCUGGGGGCAGCUGCGCGGAAGCUGGACGACGCGCUGGUGGCGCGGGCGUCGGCGGGCGACGCAUGGCGGCUGUACAGGCGUCUGCUGGUCUUCUACUCCCAGCACGGAGCCCUGGUGGAUGCCGGCCAGGUGGCAGGCAGCGCGGGGUCAACGCCCCGCAGCGCACGCCUCACCCCUCGACUCGGCAGCCGCCUGGGGACCCCGCGGGCCGGCGCCCGCUCGGCUGCCGCGGCGCCGGGGGCCUUUGAGAGCGGUGCCAGGGGGGGCAGCGGCAACGGCGGCGGCGGGGUUGGCGGCGGCAGCGGGGGCAGCACUGAGAGGGAGCGGCUGCGGCAGCCGACACUGGUGCCACAAGCGGGUGGGGGUGGCGGCGGCUUUGGCGAGCAGCUGCAGCGGUGGGACAGCGGCCAUGGCGGCAGUGGGACCAGCCGGCCCCCCAGCGCACCGCCGGGCGGAGGCAGCGGGGGCAGCGCGGUGCCCAAGCUGCCGCUCAUGGGGCCGGGGUUGGGCGCUGGACGAUUGGGCAGCGCGGUCGACGGCACCCCUCGGCGGUUGUAA